AUGCGGCAGUCUUCAGAGUCACAUGCAGUGAAUGGAAGGAAAUGUGCAGCAAAGAAGCUGCACAACAUUUUGCUCCAAGAGCAAUCUCUUGGACAACGGGAAUGUAUUAUAGCAAAGUUUCAGAAUGAGUGUCGCAUUUUAAGUGCUUUGGAUCACCCCAACGUGGUGAGUUUUGUUGGAGUCGACUACAGUCAUGACAAAAAUGACAUCAGUUUGAUAAUGGAGAGGCUUCAUUCGAGCUUGGCCUAUUUUGUUGAAUCACAUCAUGACACAAAACUCACCACUAGAAUCCAUAUUUUUUACGAUGCAUCCAAAGGCCUUUGCUAUCUCCACUCGCUGACUCCUCCCCUCCUCCACCAGGACCUCACUGCUUCUAACAUCAUGCUCACUGAGGACCUCACUGCCAAGAUCAUAGACCUGGGCGUGUCUAGAUAUGUUGACCCAGAGAGAUUAACUCAUUUUUUAACAAGUACCCCAGGAAAUUCAACCUACAUGCCUCCCGAGUGCUAUGACGAACACCCUACCUAUACUACCAAGCUUGAUAUCUUCUCUUUCGGUCAUUUCAUCAUUCACACUGUUAUCGGCGAUUCCCCUAAAGUCUCCUACAUAAUUCACGAUGCUAGUAAGUAUGUGAAGGAUGGAAAGGUGGAGCUCAUGCGACGAGACAAGGCUGUCCAUGGCGAGAAAAUGGGAAAAAAACAUGCUCUUUAUCCUCUUGUUGUUCGCUGCUUCCAUGACCGACCUCAAAAGAAACCGCCAGUUAACGAAGUGAGCAGCUCACUCAGAAAGCUUGUGAUACAUGUGUUUAGCAGAACCGAUAGCGUCAAGUGCAUCUCCUCAACAUCUGCACCUAACGAAGCCCCAUUAAUUCCUAUGUCUAUACUGGUUCUACCCGAAGUUUAA